AUGAUCCAAGACAGUUUGAAGUUUGUAGGCAGAGGAGAAGACAGUCACUUGCUGGUCUUCGAGCCUCCCGCAGAGUAUCUCACCCUAGGAAUUCGUGCACCUACUUGCCUUGCAAUUCCUGUGAUCCCUCGUAAGGAGGGUUUCUUGUUGGCCACACCUGAAAAUUUCUUGCAAGCUGAUGUUGUGACGGAUGCCCUUUUUGCUGAAGACGGAAGCCUUUUUGGGCCCUCUCGUGAUUUUGUGGCACCCUUGAUUGAGGAGGAUGAGAGUGGACUCGGUACGGUGAAUGUUGGGGUUGAAGCAAGAUUCUUAGUGAUCGAUGUGUCUCACGCUGGUCUGGAAUUCCUUAGAGAAUAUGAUCCUGUUACUGACCCCAGCGGUGACCAUAUGGUUUUCAGUGUUGACCGUCCCGAAGCAAUCCCUCAGAUUGAGACCAUCCUUGAUCGCAUCUCCGAGUGGAUACAGCAAUCAGGAGGUGCUGCCAGACUGGAUUUUUAUUCGGCUCGAGAAGAGCCGACUCAAGAGGUGAUUGCGCCUUCAAAGCCUGCUCCCAAGAAGGCGGCAGCAAAAAAGGUGACGGCGGCAGCCCUUGCAGAAACCGUGUCUGCCUUGUCCAGUCAGGUCCAACUUUUGGCGGCGCAGCAACAAGAGCUUAUGAAGAGCCACCAGGCCUCUUUUGUCACUCCUGUCGCCGGGCCAGAACUUGGAAAAGCAGCUAUGCCCUCGGUGCUUCCUCCGGUGUCAGCAGGAAUGGGGGGAACAGGGGGCCUCCCUGUGCCCAAGAUCUCAAAGCUUUUGGGACCCCCGCCCAAAACAAAGCAGCCAGUUUUGUUUGGUGCAGCCGAUGCAAGCGAUGCCGUGAACCCGGUGGAAAAUCCCGAGUCGCCAGGAGGAGACGAAAUGACAAGAGCCAUUGUGCAGCAGUCCCAGGCCAUAUCGGCCCUGGUCAGCCAUUUAGCAAGUGGAGAUCCCAUUGCGGACUUGAGCUCCACAAGUGCGUCCUCGCAAGGCAUUGGUACCAGAGGCGUUGCUCGCAGAGAACGCAUGCAGCAAGAGCUGGCAACGGGAUCGAGCAGCAUGUUCAUGCAGGUGCCACAGCAAAUCUACAAAAAGAUGAACCCUGCGUUACCAGUUCCUCGUACAGAGCAGGACCUUCUGGCCAGCGGCACCUCAAUGUGUGCUUACCUCGAAAGAUUCGGGGGGUACAAGGGCAAAAACGAGUUGGGAAUGAUCAUGUGGAUGCUGGGUCAUUGCAUGGACUCAGCAGCGAGCGGGGAUGUUCACAAGACCCGCGAGUUUCUAGCCCUUACGACAGCAUGUGUAGAGCAGGCAUCGAUGGAUGGGCAUUGGGGCAUUGCUUACGUCCUGUCCCUGUUGGAAGAGCCGCCCAGUCAGCUCUUUGCAGACCGAGCCCAUCCAGUUUCAGCUCUAGGGGCCCAUCCAGUUUCAGCUCUAGGGAAACCGUUUUCGCCACUAGUUCCGGGGGUAUGGAGUGCGACCGCACUCGCAUACCUGAAGGAGGUAGAUCUGCUGUCAACGAAGAAAACCGAGGCACGACCCCAGAAGUCUCCAGCAAAAGCGGAGGAUCCUUCCAGUACUCCGUCACCCAAGAGGCGACCCCGCUUUCCAAAGAAGCCGAAAGGAGGGGUGUUUGCGCAGGUUGAGUUGUUGCGGAGGAGGCCCUCAGAACAUCAUCUGAAGCUGUAUCAACGGUUGAGGCUUCUAAUAGAGUCGGAUGGUGACGUGGAGGUUGACAAUCUACCUUCUGUGGGGAGACGCUUCCCGGAAUUGGUUGCAAGAAUUGCGGAGAUCAGCGACAAGCUUGCAAAGUUGGGCCCUACAGCUGACCCGUAUGAUCAAACUUUUAAUGGUGUGACGGUUGAGAAGACAGAGGAGCCUGAACCUGAACUCCGACCUUUCCAUGAUCUAGACCCUGAGAAGAUCAAGAUUUUGGCACUGGACACUGGGAUGCCACGCAGUGUUUUGAUUCGAGAUUCUCCUGAGACUUUGGCUGCGUUGGCUCGGAAGUGGGAUGCCCAUGGCCUUUUGUACUUGCAUAACAAAGCGGUGCAUCCUGAUAGCUUUGUGAGGAUUUUUGGUGCAUUCAAAGACUUGCAGACGCAUCGUCAGAUAGGAGAUAGGAAUACCUUGAGCCGCCCUCGGGGCAUCUGUGGGUUGCUUUUGCUUCAGUUCUUCGAGGAGACCAUGCAGGACAAAAACUUUACAGGUAUGAGUCAGUCAGAGAAAAGCUAUAGGCUCGCAGAGAAAACCUAUGACAAGGCGGGGCUGCUGGGGUCACCUCACAAAGACCUGGUAGGAGUGCAGGAAGGUCGAAUCAUUGGGGCAUAUCUCAAUGCAAGUGAUCGUGCAGUCGAUCGUGGGAUGGUCACAGUUGCGGCGCCGGCUAAGAAACGCAUUGCGCUGUCGUACUUGUCUCUGCAAGUAGCUCAGCUACCUAUGACCUCAGACUCUUUGCACUUGUGUUUGAUUGGAGGUUGGGUCUCCUUGCUGGGCUAUAGACGGCCUAUGAUGGCCAUCCUGCAGGAUAGCUUUAAGGUGGUUGAUAUGCUGGCUUUCGACCGAGAGAAUCCCCGUGUGGUUCCCUUGACACGUAAGGUGGCUGGCGAGCUGGUUUUGCUUUCAGUUUUAGCGCCGUUGGCUGUCACAGACAUUGCUGUGCCGUUUUCCCAAGACAUAUACUGCACCGACGCGUCACUUGAGAAGGGCGCGAUUCUGCGGGCAGCAGUUAGCAAAGAUGUUUCUGAAGUGCUGUGGAAAACCUCGAAGACGAAAGGAGCAUACUCGCGCUUGUUGUCCCCUGUCGAAUGCGUGCUGAAGCAGCUAGGAGAGCUGGAAGAAGUAGCACUGGACUCCAGAGACUGGAACGGUGAUGCUCACGGCAAAGUGGAGGCCCUGGAAGGUAACUGGGACCGUGAACAGCUUUUUGACUUGGCAUCCCUGCCCAAACUGCGAAGGUGGUCAAAGUACCGCGUCCCACCAGCCUAUAAAAGUUUGAGACAAGAGCCUAUAAGGGUGCUGGAAUUUGAUAGUACUCUGGGCUAUCCAGGAGAAGGAUCAGCCAUGCCGAUUUUUGCGUCGACACCUGCUGAGACGAGACGCAUGAAUGAAAGGAUGGAGAGGCCGGAGCUGAGAGCGGGUCGCCCAGUGACCGAUGCUACAACUGGCCUUCGUGAGAGAUACUGGGACAUUUUCAAGCGCUGGGCUUUUUCUGAAGGUUUGGAUCUUGAUGAUAUUCUCCUGAACUACAUGUAUAACAUUGAUGAGCUGAAUUUCAUAUUGGUUAGGUAUGGACGUACGUUGUAUGCUGCCGGGAAAACGUAUAACCAGUAUGCUGAGACUCUCAACGCUUUGACUGCACUGAAGCCCGGACUUCGCCGCAUGAUGACAGCUGCUUGGGAUCUGGGCAUAGCUUGGACAAAACAGGAACCAUCUCAACACCAUAUUCCGGUGCCGGCGCCCAUCCUGAUUGCAAUGAUUUCAGUCGCGAUCAUGUGGGGAUGGAUGUCUACUGCGGGACUCUUGGCACUGGGUUUUGGUGGCCUACUUAGGCGUGUAGUAGAUCCUAAAACGGGACGCAACUACACCACCAAGGUGUGGAACGAAACAGUGUCAAACCUCACAUUGAUGGCCUUGGGCUCUAGUGCUCCAGAAAUCUUGUUGAGCAUCAUUGAGCUGGUGGGCGACAGCUUUUUCAGCGGGGCCUUGGGGCCGUCCACGAUUGUAGGUAGUGCCGCCUUCAACUUAUUGGUGAUUUCUGCAGUUUGUGUUGCGGCGAUUCCUUCUCCAGAGGUGCGCUUUAUCAAAGAGGUCCCAGUCUUUGCAGUGACGGCCAGCUUCUCCAUUAUCGCCUACCUUUGGCUUCUGAUCAUCGCUGCUUGGCUCUGGGAAUCCGAGGGUUGGGCGUGGCACUGA